GUGACGCGGGUUUUAUAAUUUGAGGUUAUUUUUAAGUAUGGUUUCUCGUUCAAUUAAUUGUAGUUCUUUUCUUGUGAAUUUUAUUUAUACUAUACAUGUUUUUAUGAUAGGAAGAAACUCAAAGUGUAUUCGGUAGAUUCCAUUUAACUAUGGCGGAAAAGAAAACUCAUCGUUGCCCACAUGAGGGUUGUGGAGUCUCGUUCAGUAGACCGUAUAGACUAGCCCAACAUCUGUUGGUGCAUGAUAACAUUAAAGCAUUUGUUUGCCCAAAUGCAAAUUGCUCUAAAGCAUAUACAAACAAAAGCCAUCUAGACCGACAUCUAAAUACAGCGCAUCAAAAACUAGAUAAGGAUGAAAUUAACAGAUGUCCCACCUGCUUUAAGAUCUAUUCGAAUCGUCAAAACCUGAAGAGACACAUAAAGAUACAGCACAAUUUGAAAAUCCCGUUCUCAUGUGACACCUGCAAAUUGGACUUCCCCAAAAAACACAUGCUCACUGCUCAUAUGUACCAGCAUACUGGCAUAAAAUCUUUCUGCUGUGAAUUAUGUUCAGCAGAGUUUAUUAGCCUGUUAGAGAAAAAGAAACAUCUGAGAUCCCACAGAACUCAUAGCUGCCCAAAAUGUCCAUUCAAAAUUAAACAGUGGUCCAGAUUACAGAAACAUAUGAAAUUGGAACAUGGUGGAAAUGAAUACAUCUGCAAUGAAUGUGCUCGAAGUUUCAAGCAAAGGGGACACCUUGUUCGCCAUAUUAAAAUUCACAAUGUGCCCAAAAUAUUCUCUUGCCCGUAUGAAAAUUGUAACAGAUUUUAUUCAAGAAAUAGCAACUUAAAACAGCAUAUUGCAAUCAAGCACGCAAGGUUACUUCAUGAGUGUGAUAUUUGUAAUGCUCAGUUAUCAACUAAGGCGAAGCUGGAAGCACAUGUGUUACGACAACACAUAAAUGAUUCUAAAAAAAGAGUUUAUAAAACUAAAGCUACGGGCCGUUGCGUGAGGAAAGAUGACGGUAGUUUUAAAUUAUCCACAGCUCUAAAGCUAGCUGGAUUGCUACAAGAACCUCGCACGCCUGGCCCAAGUUUCAGCGAAAAGACUGAAGUUUGUAAUAUGAGUAACUCAAUAAAGGCUUAA